AUGUCAGAAGAAAUAAUCGCAGAUGAGACCUCCAACACCAAUGUCGAAUCGGAAGUUGACGAACAGAAAGAAUUGCUUGAAAAAAGGACAGCGCAGGAAUUGUUUGAUAUGGGAAAUCUUGAAUUUAAGGAAAACAAGAAUUAUGAUGUAGCGGCAGAGAGAUUUUCAAUGGCAGUGGAAAAAAAGGUAAAGGAGCUAAACGCUGAAGGAAGUGUGCACAUCGACUUACGUGAGUACUACUUAUGCUUCGCGGAUGCACUACUAACAAAGGAGGAAGAGAAGAACGAUUUAUUUGAAUUUUUAAAAAAAAAGAAAAAAGUGGAGGUGUCCGACACGGAAGAUUCACUUGACAAGGAAGAAGUAUCAGACGAGCAGUUGGCCUUUGAAAUGUUCGAGUUUGCAAGAAAAUGCUAUGAACUCUUAGUUGAAGAAAAAAAGGAAUUAUCAAAAAAAGAUGUCCUCAAUUACACCUAUGUUUUUAUCCGUCUGGGAGAUAUCAACUUGUUAAACCAUUUUUUCCCCGAGGCGUUAGCGGAGUACGAAAAAUGUGUUGAGCUGAGAGAGAAGUACAAGGUUGGCAAUGAAAAUCUCAUUGCCCCGUUGAUUUCCUUAUCACAGAGUUAUAUGUUUUGUGGAAAGAGAAAGGAAGCAGUAAAUUAUUUUGAAAAAGUAAAAAAAAUAUUACUUGAUGUUAGACAGAAAACAACACCAUUGCCUGAAAAUACCAAUGAAAAAGUUAUACGAGAUACAUAUGAUGAUGUUCAAAUACAAAUAGAUGAUUUAAAAAGGCAAAUAGAGGAAGAAGGAGAAGAAGGAAAGGAAUUGGGUAGUCAAACUAUUGCCAAGGAUUUGGUCGUCACGACUAAGUCUGAAUUUGACAAAGCGGUACUAAACAAGGAAAAUAAUGAAGUAACCAAGAUCACCAUUUGCAGUGUAAAUAACGAUGAAUAUGGGGCUAAAAAAAGAAGAAUAAAUUUAUCAAAUUAUAAAAACUGA